AUGACAGCCGAACGUAGCGACCAGGAAGAUGCGUCGCAGAGCACCCGCCGGGCGCAUUCUACGCCCUCGCGAAGCAUUUUUGCCGUACCGACGCCGAUAAAACAGCUGUUCGACCGCUUUCCGCUCCUCACAUACUCCCCAAACGACCUUCCGCAACGCGCGCCGCGGCAUCGCGAUGCGCAUACACUGUUCAUCUUCGCAGGAGAGAAGGACGCGGCAGAUGGCGCGCCUUCAUACAAUCCAGCGUGUCUGAAGUGGCAGGCCUACUUGAAAUUCUCCGGCAUCAGCUUCCAAGCUGUGUCUUCAAACAACCAUGCUUCUCCUAGCGGAGUCCUUCCCUUUCUCCUACCGGCGUCAACAGAGACCUCGAAGCCUCCGCCUCCCGUCGUCUCUGCCAAGUUGCAACGGUGGGCCAUAAACAACACCGCCCGAGCGGUUGAAGAGCCGGGGGACCUACGAUACGAAGCCUACCUCUCGUUGUUGGACCAUCGAAUUAGAAGGGCAUGGCUGUACAGCGUCUACCUUUCCUCGAACGCUACGUCCCUUUCCGAACCUCUCUACAUCCUGCCCACCUCUUCAAACCCGUUCGUGCGCCUUUCAAUCGCCGGUGAUCUGCGCCGCGCAGCCGAGAAGGAGCUUCUCAAGUUCUCCGCAAUCAUCGAUGCAGAAGAGCUACACAGACAUGCGGAGGAGGCUUUUGAGGCGCUUGAGACGGCUCUAGGGGACGAUCCUUGGUUCUUCGGCGCGUCUCAGCCGGGCCUCUUCGACGCCAGCGUUUUCUCAUACACCCAUUUGCUUAUGGAUGACAACCUAGGCAAUGGUUGGACCGACACUCGUCUACGGGACGCCCUGCUCAAGCGGAAGUAUCUCACCAGGCACCGCGAACGUAUAGUCGCAUCAUACUUUCCAGAUACCGGGACGGGCGAGUUGCUUCGAUAG